AUGCUCCUUCGUCGGGCGCUAAACCUUCGUCUUGCCCCCUGCCUCCCACGAAAUGCACUCGUAAAGUUUAGGCCAUCGAGGCCUCUUCAUACAACGCAACCCACACAGUACCACUACGAUCCACGACCGCCAGGUUUGGGUGCCAAAAUCUGGUAUCGACGGGAUGGGCAACCAAGAUCCAAGUUGACAGGGGCUCUCUUUGUUGGAUCAGCAUUAUUCGCCAUCGCAUUCCUGUCCGCUAUUGAUGCUCUAGACGAAUACAACCAGGCCAACUAUAUCCUACUCUGCCUAGUUUUCCUUCAAAAAACCGACAUCACCUACGCGACUACCGACUUUACAAAUGGCACCGAAACACGAAACUACUUCCAUGCUUUGAUUAGGUCCGUGGUGGACACGUCGCCGGACGUCAUCGACGAAUUCUUCGUCGAAGUCGACAAGGUUCUUCAAUCGGGAGGUUCGGAGGCAGAGCAGCUGUACGAUCUCAUGAGGACAUGUGCAUCUGAGGUGCACGAGAUGCUCAAGGAGAUUGACCCGGAGAUCAAUAGCCUCAACCUUGGGGUAUUGAUCCUCAGGAAAAUGGACGAGCGUGUUCUUGCGGUAGCCGAUGUCGUGCAGGCGUUCAACGGAGGAGACGAUGCGGAAAAGGUUUUCAUGUACCACCUCAUCAGAGAAACCCACACGAAGGACCCUGCCGCCCGUGGGCAGGAUUACGACUCUAUUGGAUAG